AGGAUGAUUUUCGCCUUUACAGCAAGGCACGCCGCUUGGUGUGCAGUGAUACGUUCGUGACAGAAUCCUGGGAAAUAUUUCACUAAUUGAACAGGCUACUAACUCUUAUCUAAACUAACAGGACAGUCUGUCCCAGAGAUACAGGAGUCAGAAGAGCCGGACAGCAACAGGUCUCAGGACUACAAUGAGCGUUCAGUCUGCCAUCAACAAAGAGCUCUUCAUCCCUCGGGAUGAGCGGAUGUUGGUUGCGGUGGAGGUGUCGAGGAGGAAGAGGAAGAGGAUGUCCUUCCUGCCCACUGGAGCCGGAGGGGACUACAACACGUUCAUCUGUGUUUCAGUGACCAACACAAGGCCACAUCAGCUCCUCAUUACAAAGGUGAAGCAGUUUGGUGGCUCCUCCACCUUCACAAAGAGGACCCAGUGGACGGUGGAGAAGCUCCGCCAGGUCAACGGCAUCAACCCCAACAAGGACUGCCCGGAGUUUGACCUUGUGUUUGACGGGGCUGUGGACCAAUGGGUGGCCAGCUCCUCAGCAGAGAAGUGUCUCUUCGUCCAGAUCCUGUACCAUGCCUGCAAGACCUACUGGGAAGGAAAAGUAGGAAGUCUGGGAAAAGUGGUCCGCCAGAGGAGUCAUAGCGCCCCCCUCGAGGUGCCCAGCGUCGCCUCACCUGUCCCUGCACCCAGAACCCUGCAGUCCAGGAGGAAGAGCUACGUUCCUUCCAGACAGACAGAGUUCAUCAACUGCCAACCCAAACUCACAGCAGAAGCUUGCACCAUGAAUCUGGUGAUCUUCCGCUGCAAAGUCUUCAUGAAUCGACUGAAGAACAGGAUGGUUGCCAACAAAAGCCGAUCACCAGCUCGGGGUAAGGAUGUCAUUAAAUGA